AUGGCGGAGAAGAAAGACGACAUGGGCCCUGUUACGCACCAGCUGAGCCAAUACGACAAUGACAUGAACAAGCACGUGAAUGUCAAGGAGGCCAAUGUAGCUUCAGUAGCUCUCGCCGCUGCUAUGGAGGCAGAGAAGCCGAAGCUAUGGUCUCGAGGCAUGAUUCAGCUCUACAUGAUCAUGGGCAUUGGCUACCUCGUCUCUACGCUUAACGGUUUCGAUAGCUCCCUUAUGGGAUCUAUCAACGCGAUGAAAGCCUAUCAGAACACGUUUGAUUUGACUGGUGAGGGAUCCAGCACUGGCAUCAUCUUCAUCAUCUACAAUCUUGGUCAAAUCGCAGCCUUCCCAUUCUGUGGAUUCCUUGCUGAUGGAUAUGGUCGCCGUGUCUGUAUCGCUGUCGGCUGCGCACUCGUCCUCGUUGGAACCGCCGUCCAAGCUACGGCCAACGAGAUGGGACACUUCAGUGCUGGUCGCUUCAUCCUCGGAUUUGGCGCAUCCAUCGCCUCUGCUGCUGGCCCCGCCUACACUGUUGAACUUGCACAUCCUGCCUACCGUGGAACCAUGGCCGGAAUGUACAACAACUUCUGGUGGGUUGGCAACAUUCUGGCUGGCUGGACUACGUAUGGAACCAACCUUCACAUGGGCAACUCUUCAUGGGCAUGGAGGAUCCCCACUAUUGUUCAGUGCAUUCUGCCUGCUAUCGUUAUGUCCUUGAUCAUGUUCUUCCCGGAAACGCCUCGUUGGCUGCUAGCUCACGAUCGCAGAGAAGAGGCUAUCGCUAUCAUGGCAAAGUACCACGGAAACGGCAACCCCAACUCUCCUAUCGUACAGCUCCAGCUCCACGAGAUCACCGAGGACUUUGCUGUCACUCGCAACGACAACCCCUGGUGGGACUUCCGCGAGCUUGGAAACACCAAGGCAGCACGUUACCGAUUGGCCAUGGUCAUUGCAAUGGCCUUCUUCGGUCAAUGGAGUGGUAACAACGUUGUCAGCUACUUUAUGCCAGCCAUGGUGAAAAGAGCUGGCAUUACGGACCCCAACGAGCAACUGCUCAUCAACGCAAUUAACCCAAUCUUCUCGAUGCUUGCUGCCAUCUAUGGUGCUACCCUCCUCGACAAGCUUGGCCGCCGAAAGAUGCUUAUGGGUGGUCUCUGGGGCGGUCUCUUCGCCUACAUUCUCCUCACAGCUUUCACCGCCACCGCCACCGCCACCGCCACGCCUAACAAUAAACUCGCCUACGGCACCAUUGUCUCCAUCUACCUCUUCGGCAUCUUCUUCGCCUGGGGAUGGACCCCCCUACAAACCCUAUACGCUGUCGAAUGUCUCGAGAACCGCACUCGCGCAAAGGGAUCCGGUCUCAACUUCCUCUUCUCAAUAUCGCCAUGGUGGUCAACACCUACGCUUUACCUCGUUUACAUUGGGUGGAUUUGCAUUGAGAUUGCUCUUAUUUUCUUCUUCUUCGUUGAGACUGCCGGCAAGACCCUUGAAGAGCUCAAGGAUAUCUUUGAGGCGCCCAACCCGAGGAACGCUAGUUUGAAGAAGGCGAGGGUGGAGAUUGAUGAGAGUGGAAACAUUCAUAAUGUCCAGGAGUAA